AUGGUGCUUGGGCUGGGCGGCGCCUCCCUGCCGCCCCGGCCGGUUCCGCGCCGCCGCUCCCGCGCCGGCGGCUGCCAGCUGGCUCGAGUGCAGAGCAACAGCCUGCUUGUGGAGCUGGAGCAGCAGCACAGGGCGGGCAUGGAUCCUGGUGGCGAAGGAGCGGGCACGGGCUACCAGCUGCCAGCAGCCAUCGGGAAUGAUAUCGCUGCCAGAUCAGCCGACGAUCACGUAGACACGCCCACGGGCCACCCGCCGGCGCCGCAGCCCGCCUGCAGCGACCAGAGCAAUGUCAGGGGCCUGGUGCACCCCCAGCUGCAGCAGCAGCAGGAUCAUGGCGCCAGCACCGAGGCGCAGUCCCUGCCGCCGCAACCCACUGUGGCACCCGCUGUUGCGGCAGCGGAGCAGGCUGCAUCUCAUGUGAAGCAAGAGCAGCAGGCGCAGCGCGACCAGCAGACUGCCGCCGCCCCACGGCCCGGAAAGCAGGCAGCAGGCAGCCGCAAGCGCAAGUCGGCAGCCACCCUGAGCGGCCCUCCUUCCACCUCCCAGGCACAGCCAGAGGCGGCGCACAGUGGCUCGCACGGUGCAUGGGUGCGCCGCUCGCGCCUGGGCCCGGCGGACACGCCAACAGCAUCGGCAGGACGCAGCAAGCGACACGCCAGCUCCGCUGGCGCAGGCAAUGCCGCAGCAGCAGCCGCGCCUGCUGCCAAGCGCCGCAAGUCGGCUGCUGCUGCAGAUGGCCGGGCAUCCAAGUCCCCGCUCCACCACAGACCUUCCAAGUAUGCCGAUGUGCUGCACAGGGCAGUGGUGGUGCCAGGAGCCAUUUUCUACGUGGAUGACCCCGACCAGCUGUUUGUGGGGUGGGUGAACAAGCUGGAGCAGGGGCGCAAGGUGCCGGCGGUGGAGGUGCAGUUCCGGGACGACGGCUCCAAGUACUGGUUUCCUGUGGCGGAUGUCAGGCGGUGGAUGCAAGACAUGUGCGCAGCAAACACAUGGGAAACAUUCAACCCUGGAGUGCCACGCCCGGAGGGUGGCGAGCACGGCGUGGCGGCAGCACCGACGGAGGAGGAGGAAAAGACAGCGGCGCAGGCGCUGCAGUCGCUGUCGACCUCGCUGUGCAGUAGCAGCGUGCGCAGGGAGGGCGGCGGCGCGCAGCCGGCGCAGUCUAGCGGGCGCCAGCAGCCGCGCGGCGCCAGGGCAAAGGGUGUAGCUGCAGAAGCUCCCACCAGCCGGGCGACCGAUGUACAGCAACUGCAGCGCUGCGGCAGCGAGCUGAAGCGCGUGGGGGCACUGGACAUCAUGGUGCAUGCCGCAGACCUGAAUGCAGAUGGCAGCCCGCCCAACAACAGCUGA